CUUUGUACUCUUAUCAAUAUAUAUAAAUUUUGUCUAAAACUUUCACGGAAAAUUCUAUAAUUGAAGUAUUAAAUAUUAUUUCCCUUUAUUAGAGAUAGUUUUUACUAAGAAACAGGAUAUGUUUCAUUGCCUUGCAUUGAGUGUUAGUCCUGUCAUUGAGCUUUCAAUAUUUGGUUAACUUUCAUCCUACUUACUUUCAUAAAUUUCCAACUUAUUAGCCUGUAGUAUAUGCGAAUAAUUAUAAUUAAAGGUGUGUACAUCUGAAUGCUUCUUACCUGUUAUCCAGUCUGAGAUGGAACCAGAUGAUAAAUCUCAAUCGUUAGAGAAUAGUCCUUCAUUCGUGAUUAUUCAGAAGAUGACUGCCGAUAAUCAAAAACAAAUCGAACUGAAUGAUAGUUUGCUUAAAAAUACUUCAUUCACCGCUUUAAUGGAGAAAUUCAACGCUGAUAAUAUUACUAAAAACCACCCUUUGGCUGAAGAUAUUGAAAAUACAGUUCAAGAAUUGUUAAAAGAAAAUGUGAAAUUGAAAGAAACUCUUCUUCAAAAUAAUGUUGCUAUGAAAGAACAAUUUUCUACGCUGGAAAAAUGGCAUAAUGAAGUUUUCGAUCUUCAACGAACUCACAAGAAAAAAUUUGAAGAAACGAAAGAGUUGAUUUAUAACUUGAGAGCUGAAAAUAAAGAAUUGAAGAAACCUAUUCAGGAAUAUUUGAGAAAUCAUGAAAAUAAAGAAGUUGUCGAUUUGAAAAUGGAAAGAGAAAAUUUACGUCAACAAUUACAAGAAAGUGAACAACAUUGCAUAUCGUUAAAAACUCAAUUGACCAACGUAGCACGAUUGCCUGCUGAAAAUCAAAUAUUAAAGGAGAAGUUACAAAUAACACAACAGAAAUUAUUGAAAUUGGAGCAGCAUUACAGCAUGAAUGCUAGGUCUGAGAAGGAACAAGAGCUCAUUCAAGUUAUCGGAGAUCUCACCAGACAACUAGAAAAUUCGGAACGCUCUCGACGGAAACUGGUUUCUGAUUUGGAUCGCUUAAGUGCUCAAGAACAAAAAUUACAAAGAAUAUUGCCAUCUGGAGAAUCAAAAAAUAUUACCGAUUAUUGUUACUGGAAUGCGAUAUUUCCCACGGCUGUUAUUUCUGCUCCUUUUGAAGCUCAGUUAGUUGAAAAUAUGAAACGUUUUGAAGAAUUAUUGAAUAAAUAUGAAAACCUUUCGACGGACCUUGUAGACAACAAGGAGACGAGUUCGAGUUGGGUAAAUUUAAAUAAAAAUGAGCACGAUGCAAGUAUUGAUUCGCUUAAAUUAGAAGUAGCCGAGCUUCGUAAAUUAUUGAUGCAAGAGCAGAGACUCAACAUUAGUCGAAAAGAAAUAUUGGAAAAUGCUCAAUUAAAAUUUAAACAGUUAUAUAAACAAUGUAUGGCUAUUCUGAAAGAACAUGACACCAAAAUGAAAGCAAUGGAAAUUGAAAUUGUUAAAAGUAAAGAAAAAUUGAAAGAUUUUGAAGUCUUGAAAUACGCAGUUAAUGAUAAAGACAAUAAGAUUACUCAAUUAGAAAAUGAAUGUGCCUUCCUCAAGAAAAAAAUCGAAGAAGCUGAAAGAAAAAAUGAAGAUUUAUAUAUAUUACAGAGUCAGAUGAAAGUAUACGAAGAAGAUUUCCUUACUGAGAGAGAAGCUCGUGAAGCGUUGGCUAAUGAAAAAGACAUGCUGCAGCAUAAUAUCAGUCGUUUGCAGCAAAAAAAUAAAGAACUUUUAAGAGAGCUGAAAAUAUCGCAAGAUGGAAAGGGGCACAAAUCCAGAAAUAAUAAAGACUUAUGUGAAGAAACGCACCAAACAAAAAAGAAAUUCGCCUGCUUCAAUGAAACUUGUAGUGAAUCGUUUCUUUCUGAAGAAGAAUUACAAGAACAUGUUUACUCGUGUUUGAACUUAAAAGACUGAAAAUAAUACCACUUUUUCGAUAGUUAGCUUUUUAAAAUUAUGUGUUUUAACGAUUGAAUGUUAUGAUUUUGUAUCUUUAAUUCAUGAAGCAAUUUACUACAAUUACCAAUGAAAAACUAUUACUAUUCUUGAAUCCGCGUAUUUUUAUUUUUUAUUUUAUCCUAAUUUAAACGAUUGACUCAAAUUAAAGUAUUUUAGUUAAAGUCUUUAAUUGUGUUAUUAUUUGUAAUUUUAAUUAAGCUUAUUAGACACUCGUUGUUUUUAAAAGUUGACAUGUUUUG